AUGGCUGACAAGGUGCAUCCAGCCACCACUAUUACCAAUAUCAAAACAGCCGUUCCUCUAACUCUUGUUUAUGAGUCCGCUCAAUACAGCAAUUGGGCAACACUCUUCACUAUUCAUACCAAAGCUACCCUCACCCAUGAUCACAUUACACCGGUUACAACUCCGAUUGUUCGAUCUGUAGAGGAGCAAGCCACUUGGAGUCGAAUUGAUAAUAUUGUUCGACAAUGGAUAUAUAGUAGGAUAUCCAAUGAUCUUCUAAAUAAUAUUAUAAGCUCUGAUGACACUGCCUUGGAUGCGUGGACUCAUCUGGCUGAUUUAUUUCAGGAUAACAAAACUGCUCGUGCCAUUCAUUUGGAGACUGAGUUUGCCAAUACUCAUCACCGUGAUUUUUCGGAUGCUAAAACUUAUACACGGCGUCUCAAAGUGUUGGCUGAUCAACUCGCAAAUGUUGGAGAACGAGUUUCUGAUCAUCGUCUUGUUUUAAUGCGAUUUUCCACAUAG